AUGGCCAGAAAACUGCGCGAAAUGGGCAUACUGGUUUUGAUUCUUCUUCUGACUGCUCCGUUGACUGGGAUCGCUGCUGGAAUUGGGGAGGAUUACGUGAGGCCGGCACCUCGUAAAACCCUAAGCUUCUCCUGGCCAUGGAAUCGCAAGCAUUCAGAUGGACCCCAACAAGUUCACAUUUCUCUUGCUGGAGAGAAACACAUGAGGAUUUCUUGGGUCACUGAUGAUAAAUCUUUUCCAUCGUUGGUUGAAUAUGGAACGUCCCCUGGGCAGUACACAGACUCAUCUGAUGGAGAGAACUUGUCCUACAGUUAUAUUUUCUACAAUUCAGGGAAGAUCCACCAUGUUGUUAUUGGACCUCUUGAAGACGAUACAGUUUACUACUACCGUUGUGGAGGGCAGGAACCAGAGUUUCAGUUUAAGACGCCUCCUUCUAAAUUCCCAUUAACUUUUGCUGUAGUUGGUGAUCUUGGUCAGACUGAUUGGACUGCAUCCACACUAUCGCACAUCAAUGAGUGCCAAUAUGACUUGCAUUUGCUCCCAGGGGACCUUUCCUAUGCUGAUUAUCUACAGCACUUGUGGGAUUCCUUUGGCGAGCUGAUACAGCCAUAUGCAAGUGCUAGGCCGUGGAUGGUAACAGAAGGGAACCAUGAGAUGGAGAGUAUCCCAUUUAUUAAAUCUCCAUUCCAGUCAUACAAUGCAAGGUGGAAAAUGCCUUAUGCAGAGAGCGGCUCCACUUCAAAUCUCUAUUAUUCUUUUGAAGUUGCAGGUGUUCAUGUGAUUAUGCUUGGCUCUUAUACAGAUUAUGGUGAAUAUUCUGACCAGUAUGCUUGGCUAAAGGCUGAUCUUGCCAAGGUAGAUAGAGAAAGGACACCAUGGCUUCUAGCUCUUCUGCAUGUGCCAUGGUAUAACAGCAAUUGGGCUCACCAAGGGGAAGGAGAUGAUAUGAUGGCUGUAGUCGAACCAGUGCUCUAUGCUGCUGGUGUUGAUAUCUUGAUUGCCGGUCAUGUGCAUGCUUAUGAAAGAUCAGAACGUGUCUACAGUGGCCAACUAGACUCUUGUGGUGCCAUACAUAUUACCGUUGGCGACGGAGGUAACAGAGAAGGACUGGCUCUAAGAUAUCACCACCCGAAACCAAUAUGGUCAGCCUUUAGGGAAGCCAGUUUUGGUCAUGGAGAACUGAAGAUUGUUAAUGCAACUCACGCAUUUUGGAGCUGGCACAGGAACGAUGAUCAUGAAUCGCUCAGUUCUGAUGAGGUUUGGAUCAACUCUUUGGCCAGUGCUGGUUGCCUGAGAAGUGAAAUGCGUGACUUCAGCAAGAUUCAGAUCGUUCCUUAAAAAAUUGCAUGAAUCCCUCUCUAUAUUUAGUAUCCACUGGAGAGGUUCAAACCGCUCAUGUAAAUAUCACUAAUCAUAUAAAGUUUUAUGGCUUAUAUGCUGUAUCUGCCAUCUUUUAGUUGGCUUUUAGUAGAUUGGUUUGCUGAGUUUUCGUAUUAUGCCAUUUGGUAUAAUAAUGUAUAUGGUUUCUAUGUUAGAACUCACAUACCUGUUUGUUAUAUACAUGAAACAAUU